AUCCUUCUUCGUGCCCGUUGCGCCGAAGCUCUUUCUCGAGGGUCAUCGCAACAGCAGUACUUUCUUUUGUCUCAUAUCUGCUUGAUUAGCCCGGUAUUCCACUAUUGCACGUGGACCGUGUGUCCCACGGAGACUCGACCGGCAAAUCAAUCCUCUUCUCUUAUCCUCAAUUCUCCGCUCUUCUUCUCUCCCUCCUUCUCACUUAGCCUUAAUUCUUUCCCCUCUCUCCCUCUCACCAGCAAGGUUCUCUUGAUAAUACACAAUGUCAACCACAAUUUCAUCCAGCCUCACCACCUCCACAACCCAUCCCAAUCCCUCCGCUGCCGCCACGACUACCACCACAACAACAACAACCGCAACCACCACGACCAAAACCCGCCAGACGCGCACCAACCCCUCCCGCACCUCCAAGACGCAAUCCCGCUCCUCUUUCGCCUUCGGCCAUGGCGCCGCCGCCCAUCGCGCCGACAGCAACUCAGCAACCGCCACCCCCAUGCCUCAUGGCUUCUACCCGGCGCUCACACAUUUCACGGACGCCAUCACGGCGCUGCCGCGCGAGUUCCGGCGGCAUAAUUCGCUGCUGAAGGAGGUGGACGCCAAGGCCUGGGCGCUGGAGGACAACCUGCUGCAGCUGCUGAAGGCGAGCGCCGAGUCCCGGCCGGUCGAGAUGAAUGUGGAGGAACAGGUGCAGACCCCCAGACUGGGGGACGAGAUUGGAAUUGGCAUUGGGGGAGUCGAGGGCUUGGGGAUGGGAUCUUUGCCACCCUCAUCGGAAUCCUCCGCGAGCAAAAACCGACGGCUCCUCUUCGAGCGGGUCCGCCAUACCCUCUCCGACCUGAUGAUGACGGCCGAUGAGAAAAACCACGUCAUCUCGAAUGCGAACGAUGAGCUCGAUCGCCAGCUGACUCGCCUCGAUGCCGUCUUCCCCUUCAUUGCGGGCGAGGUCAGUGAUGAGGCGCGGCUGGGGAGCUUAUCACAUUGGGCAUAUUCGAAUCGGUUGGUUGGUGUUGGGGCGGGCGGCGCCAAGACGACGGAGCGUCCUAGGCGCGAGGCUACGGCGUCGGGGAAGUCGGAGUUGACGCAUGGACACACACAUGGGCAUACUGGUCAUGGGCAUGGGCAUGGAACUGGGCAUGAUGCGGAGGGCCCCUCGCGGGGCGACGCUAGACGGGAGGCAGUAAUAGCUAGAAGGCAGCGGCGCGGUGGCGCGGGGGCUGGGCAGGGUCCGGGCCAUGUGGAUUCGGACUUGGACGAUGCGGCUAGGGGUGCUGGAGCGGGGGCUGCUGGUGGCUCGGGUGGCUCGGGUGGGGGUAGGAAGGGAGGGCAGGGUGGAAAGUCCCGAGGAGGAGGAGCUGGUGCUGGUGGCACUGCGGGUGGCCAGGCGGGAGAGCAUGUCGGCGGUGCUGGCCAUGGAGGCAGUACCUCUGGUCAGGCCAAGAGGAGGAAGGUUGAGAGGCCUCCGCCUGUGGAUACGGGGGCUGCGAUGGAGAGGUCGGCCAGCGGCGCGGGCGGUGCUACCGGUGGUGGCUCCGGCCGGGCUGGGUCUAAGGAUGUGGAUGCUACUGGAGGUGCUGGCGGUGCUGGUGCUGGUGCCACUACCAAGAAGAGAUCGCGCGCCCCGAAUGCCAAUGCGGCUUCACGCAAGAGAAACAAUCCGGGCAACUCUGCGGCUGAUUCGCCAGUUCUCGCUCCUUCGCCUGUUGUUGCUGCGGCCACGAUCCCACGCAAUGCGGCCAGUCCGGGUCCUGGCGCGGCACGUCCCCAGUCUUCCCGUGCGCAGCAGAAUGCCGGACACGCAAACAACGGCCGUCAGCGGCCAUCAUCCUCCGCGUCCAAUCGUGUCGCCGGCAACAACAAAUCAACCGAGACGAAGACUGUCAUCAAGGAGAGUACAGCCAAGCCCGAAGCCACCCCCAGCUCGGCCAACGAAACUCCACGGGAUAUGGCAGACGAGGCUGUAGACGUGGCGAAGAUGCCCGUCCCAAUAAGCACGAAGCGAGAAGACACAGACGGCAGCAAACCGACGCCUUCCAUUGAACCGGGCGAUACCCCGACGGCGACAGCGACAACAGCAUCUGGUGGCACCUCAGCUGCCACGGCUGCUGCUGCACCUGCUGCUGCUGCCACUGUUGCACCGGCUCCGAACCCGCCGCCGCCCAAGGGUCGAUCCUCCAAGACCUCCACCCCGGUGCUAUCGACCUUCACCGAAACCAGCACCACCGCCACGACGACGCAACGGGUGCGUCCGACGCGAAGCACGGAUCCCGCUCCCGCAACCACGACGAAACGCUCGCACAAGAAGAACGGCAGCGUGCCGGUGGUGGUGCCGCAGCGGGCGGUGUCGGAGGACGAGGAGUCUCUUCAUGAGGGCGACGACGAGGACGAAGAUGGCGAGCCGCGGUACUGCUACUGCAACGAGAUCAGCUUCGGCGAGAUGGUGGCGUGCGAUAACGAUGCUUGUCCACGGGAGUGGUUUCAUCUGUCGUGCGUGGGGCUGACCAAGCCGCCUGGAAAGAAUGUCAAAUGGUAUUGUAAUGAGUGCAAGGAUAACAUGCGACGGAGUCGUAGUGGGCGUUGAUUCAGCUGGUUAGGGGUAUUGGAGUUGUGGCUGGGUUCCGAUAGAAUUGAGGCAGUAUAUACACCACAAUACAAUG